AUGCCACAACGACCGAAGCGACCGAACAGAGCUAGGGGCGAGAAAAGCACACUCUGGCUCGUGUUCCUUUGGAGCGGUUUUUUUGGCGUUCUCGCGGCUGUUUGGCGAGCGAUCAUUGCCCCAAGCGGACCUUUUUCUAUCCGCACGUGGUUCCAUAUUUGUGUCGACGUGGCUCGGGCUCGUCUCGCGGCCCCGUCGUGGAACGUCAGGCCGCUGGAACAGGUUACGGAACGUGCAGUUGCUAUAGUAACCGGGGGUAACUCAGGUAUCGGCUUCGAAACUGCACGCGGCCUCUGGCUGGCAGGCUACAACGUCAUCCUGGCGUGCAGAAGUGAAAAUCGUGGCCAAGAGGCCUGUAAACAAAUACUGGAGACGGAAAGGCACCCAUCGGCUUCGGCGAAGCGUGGUACGCUGACGGUGCUCCCGUUGGACCUGAGCGAGCUGUCCUCUGUUGUGGCGUUCGUAGAGCGCUAUCAUCAGCGCUGGAAGACUUUGGACCUCUUGGUACUGAAUGCAGGCAUCAUGUCACCUUUUCGCUACGAGGAAACAGCCCAAGGUUACGAGGCACACCUUGGUGUGAAUCAUUUGGCACAGUACUUGCUGGUGCGUCUCUUGAUGGAUAUGCUGGAGCAGCGUCGAGGUCGUGUGGUGCUUGUCAGCAGUAUUCUCGCGCUGCUCGCGGAUGACCUGAGCUGGCACGGUCCACAGUGGUCGAGGCAAGGUCAGUGGCCCUUCAUGGCCUAUGGAUGGAGCAAGGCGUACAAUUAUAUGCUCUCGCUGGAACUGCAGCGGCGAGGUCUGGAUGCUCGGUGUGUGCAUCCCGGUGAGGUUCGCACCGAGGUCGUCCGGCGACUUCCUUCUUGGGUCCAACGUGCCUAUACCUGGAUCGGAUCGUUUGUGCUUCGUACACCUGCUGAGGGUGCUGCGACUGUCCUGUUCGCUUGCUUUGCACCAUUAGCGGACGACGCCGAUGAAAGGGCUGUAUCGACACCGUCCAAGAGUGCACGGACUCCGUCGGGGAACCAGUCAGAGCAGGAGGUCACUGCCUUGACGGUUGCUCAGCGUGAGGCGCUCAUUCUUGAUGCUGGCACCCGGUUUCUCGCGAUGCCGCUGUGGAUGCGUGCCCCAGCGAAUACACAGCAGCUGUGGAUGCUCUCGGAACACGCUGUUGAGCCGUACUUGCGUACAUCGACAGGUUCCUGA